GGUGUGCUGACACCUCCGAUGGGCUGAGCGGAGCGACGCCUCGGUCCUCACACCUCCAGGAAUUAGACGCGUCCUGCUCGGGAACACCUGGAGACAUGGGAGCGCGGUCACCCCGCGGACUUUAGGCCGAGCGGCAGGGAGCUGUCUCCGGGUCCGUGUGCGCAGGAGAACCCCGCUAUGAGACACCCGGACUGGGAGUGACAGAGGACAGGUCAGGCCCAGUCUGUGAACCCGAGGAGACGCCAUGAAGGAGAAAUCUAAAAAUGCCGCCCGGACCCGACGGGAAAAGGAGAAUAGUGAAUUUUAUGAACUGGCCAAACUGUUGCCGCUUCCCUCCGCCAUCACCUCCCAGCUGGACAAAGCGUCCAUCAUCCGGCUGACCACCAGCUACCUGAAGAUGAGGAUAGUCUUCCCUGAAGGCCUCGGGGAGUCGUGGGGCCACGUGAGUCGCAGCACUUCUCAGGAGGGAGUCACCCAGGAAUUAGGCUCCCAUCUCUUACAGACAUUAGACGGCUUCAUUUUCGUGGUCGCUCCAGAUGGGAAAAUAAUGUACAUAUCAGAAACGGCAUCAGUCCACUUGGGCCUGUCGCAGGUAGAGUUGACAGGAAACAGCAUUUACGAAUACAUCCAUCCAGCAGACCAUGAUGAAAUGACAGCCGUCCUCACAGCCCACCAGCCUUACCAUUCACACUUUGUCCAAGAAUAUGAGAUGGAGCGCUCGUUCUUUCUCAGAAUGAAAUGUGUCCUUGCUAAAAGAAAUGCUGGUCUCACCUGUGGAGGCUACAAGGUGAUCCACUGUAGUGGCUACCUGAAGAUCCGUCAGUACAGCCUGGACAUGUCUCCGUUUGACGGCUGCUAUCAGAACGUUGGGCUGGUGGCGGUCGGUCACUCGUUGCCACCAAGCGCUGUCACUGAGAUCAAACUGCACAGCAACAUGUUCAUGUUUAGAGCGAGCCUGGACAUGAAGCUCAUCUUCCUCGACUCACGGGUUGCAGAGCUGACAGGCUACGAGCCUCAGGAUCUAAUAGAGAAGACGCUCUAUCAUCACGUCCACAGCUGUGACUCCUUCCACCUGCGCUGUGCUCAUCACUUGUUGCUGGUGAAAGGUCAGGUUACCACUAAGUAUUACCGCUUCUUGGCCAAGCAAGGUGGCUGGGUCUGGGUUCAGAGUUAUGCAACCAUCGUGCACAAUAGCCGCUCGUCCCGACCUCACUGCAUCGUCAGUGUCAACUAUGUUCUCACGGAGACUGAGUAUAAAGGCCUCCAGCUGUCUCUGGACCAGGCUGCAUCCAAGACGUCCUUCCCCUACAGCAGCAGCAGCGCGGCCAGCAGCCUCGUGGACAGCUGCAGGACUCCCAAGAGCAAAGUGGCCCGGCACAAGACCAAAGCCAGACUGUCCCCAUACACACAGUAUCCCAGUUUCCAGACGGAGCGCUCAGAGUCUGACCAGGACAGUCCGUGGGGCAGCAGCCCCCUCACCGACUCAGCCUCCCCUCAGCUGCUGGAGCAGAGUGAAGGUCUGGACGCCUCCUGUGUAUAUAGGCAGUUCAGCGAUCCUCGCACGCUUUGCUACAGCCCGUCCGAAGAGCAGCGCCACGCACACCUCAACACACAUGGUCAAGGCCAGCGUUGUGAGCGGGGCCGAUGUGAGGCGGGGCGAUACUUUCUUGGAGCUCCUCCGCCCAGCAGCAAUGUGUUGUGGGGCACCAGCCGGUCCAUUCUACCACUGAGCAAGAGCUCCCUGGAGAACCACGAUGGAUAUGACAGCAGCAUGCCGCACAUCACAGCCAUCCACAGCUACAAUGGCCAGGGCCACUGGGAUGAGGACAGUGUGGUCAGCUCUCCAGACGCAGGCUCAGCCAGUGACUCAGGGGAUCGCUACCGAGCUGACCACUACCACUGCAGCCCACAGGAGCCCAGCAAGAUCGAGACGCUGAUCCGAGCCACGCAGCAGAUGAUCAAGGACGAAGAAAGUCGACUUCAGCUACGCAAGGGUCCUCCAGAUUCCCCACUGGGACCAGCCAAUGGACUGCCCAAGGGCACGGGGGCGUGCUUCUCUACCGAGUACACUCAAGGGCCCCUGCCACUACAGUCAGUGGUGUGUCGAGGGUUGAGUCAGACGAUCAGCCCUGCAAAUAGCCCCGCCCCUCUGUCCAGGCUCAGCAGUCCAGGAUCGGAGCACCUCCACAAGCCCAAAGACUACCUCCAGACAGACCUGCCCCCCCUUUCUUUGCCAUUACAUCACCCGCUGAGUCGCCCGGGCCCCUGCUCAGCUUCUCCCACCCUGGCCCCAGCCCUCUACCCCUCCCACGCCCACCCGCGGCCCUAUUUGGACAAGCAUACAGCCUACUCGCUGACAGGAUAUGCUCUGGAGCACCUCUAUGACCCGGAGAGCCUCCGGGGCUAUUGCACCUCCGCCAGCACUGGCCCCACCCAUUAUGAUAUGACCCCGCACCUCCGCAUACCGGCAGAGCAGACUCCCGGACACAAAGGCACCUCUGUCAUUAUCACCAACAGCAGCUAACGCUCAGCUGACACCCACAAUGGGACUGCAGUCACAUAGCCUGAGCUGGUUCGCUUCAUCAGGGCUUUUUUCAUUCUGGAUCCUGUUUGCUUGUUUUUCCAUCAAAUUGAUCAACUCUGAUCUCAGUUGUAGCUUCAUCGUGGAGCCAAAUUUCCACAGAAAUUUUUGCAGAAAGUCUGCAAAAGAAAAUCAGUGCAUUUUUCUCUAAAUGGGAAAAUAUGUGAAUAUUCUCAAGAGGGAACAGCAAUCAUGUAAUUACAGCUGUGCCUGUGAUUCAGCGAGAUAAUACGGAUUCAGUGCAGAACUGAAUUUAUGUUGCUUUAUUUGUUUCUCCAGUCCGAGUCGGACACAAAAUUCUAUAAUCAGUCCUAAAUCGACUAAGUUAUAGAUUUAUUUCCCAAAAAGUGAGACCCAACCUGAACCAGAACCAGAACCAGUUUUGAUCUGAAUAAAUUAGGCACAGCCCAAAGUGUGUGUGACAUAAACGGAUCUAAAACAGAGAGAUCGAAGACACUGGCAGCAGCUAAUGAGCAGCCCACCUGAGCCACAUGGGUAUUAACACAGAGACCUAAGAUCCACUGUAAUUCUGCAGUACCCCGGUCUAACAGUUAGACUGAGUAUAAUCUGUGCCCCAACAUAGAUGGCAACUUGGUCUCAGGUACCAUGAGAAACACGAGAACCAUGAGAACUUCUGCUGUGUCUGCUGCCACAUGAUACACAUGUUGUUUUCAGACACUUACUGAAAUGACUGACACUGUCGUUCGUGUGAGGACAGUCUGUAAACAUGUGGAUGAUAAUCUAUUCAAUGAUGUGACAUCCGUGAUGUGACAGCCGCACAUUCUCCACGGCUGCUGUCACAACACGUCUCCAGUACAGUAUGAUUUCUCUGUUUGUGUCUCAUUAUAGAUCCAUGAGUGUUAAUGGGUGUAUUUCAGUAAGACGGGAAUACAAAACAAAGUUGAUCAGUAUGAUGGAAAACAGGACUGAGUAGAAAAUGUUGCUUCAACACGUGUCCCUGUGUGUCCAACUGUUCCAUCACUUUCACUCGGACUGAGCUCUGUAACUUUUUGCACUAUGAGGGAGGGAGUUCCCGUGAAGAGGCCUCCUUCUUCUUCACUGCAUCUGGACGAGGAGAAAAGACUGACAGCUGGUCGUGGUGCACUUUGUAGUGAUGCAGAUGAAACAGCAGGAGUUGGCGCUGAAGUGAAAAGUCAUUUCAAAGUUCACAGAUUAAUAUGCAAAGCCAUUCUCCAGAUGUUUCUUUUUCUCUAACUUUUGUAAACUUUCAGGAAAGUCAAUAUAGUAAAGAAAAAGAGGAAUACACUCAUCAUAGAUUAGAUUGUACAGUGAGAGCAGUGGUCACUACAUAGUCAAAUGGCUGACGCAGGCUGUCUGCUGCUUCACUACAUGUCAUCAUGGUGGAGUCCAGUCAUGACAACACUAUCAAACGAGCUGUUUCUACAGUACCACAAACUAAAGUGUCGCUGAAGAGCUGGGGGGUGUUUUCCAUCCCGGUGUGUGUCCUCAUCGCUUCUCAGUGACUGGAGGGAGACACUUGUCACCAUAUGCAACUUGACCCGUUGGAAAGCUUGGUAAGGCAGCUUAACCGCAUCCACACAUCCCUGAGGCAACUGUUAAUUAUUGUUACGUGGGCAUGUUUGUACAACAGGAUUUGAGUUUUCUUCUUUAUCUCCUCCUCGGUCCUUAGAUGAACCUAUAUUUAUACAAGUUUUGGAUUUUUGGUUUGUUUCUGUUUUGUCAAUGCCUGAAAUGUGCUCCAUCUCUGAAAGUUAUUUAUGGUGUUCUGUAAAUAUGCUGAGAAAAGAAAAUGGCACCACAUUUAAGCACAUGGGCAGGAACUGU